AUGAAUCCCGAGUAGUACGACUAUCUGUUCAAGCUCCUCCUUAUCGGAGACUCCGGUGUCGGAAAGUCUUGUCUGCUGUUGCGGUUCGCCGACGACACCUACACCGAGUCCUACAUCUCAACUAUCGGCGUCGACUUUAAAAUCCGGACUAUUGAGCUGGAUGGAAAGACCGUCAAGCUUCAGAUUUGGGACACUGCCGGACAAGAGCGCUUCCGCACCAUCACCUCUUCCUACUACCGCGGCGCCCAUGGCAUCUGCGUUGUCUACGAUGUCACGGACAUGGACUCGUUCAACAACGUGAAGCAGUGGCUGCAGGAGAUUGACAGAUAUGCCACUGAGGGCGUCAACAAGCUUCUGGUCGGAAACAAGAGCGAUAUGGCAGACAAGAAGGUUGUCGACUACACGGUCGCCAAGGAGUUCGCCGACAGCCUCGGCAUCCCGUUCCUUGAGACAUCAGCCAAGAACGCAAACAACGUUGAGCAAGCCUUCCUGACCAUGGCCAGGCAGAUCAAGGAGAGGAUGGGCACCACAACAACAAACAACUCGAAGCCAUCGGUGCAGGUCGGCCCAGGCCAGGGUGUGGGGUCGAACCAGAGCAACAGCUGCUCGGCGGGCCUACCGGCUCCCGCCUUCCCUCGUUCGGGUCUCGAGCGCAUUUCCGUCCAGGGGAGCACGCAAAAGCGCCGCUACUACGUCAAUGUUCACUGUUCAGUGACGGAUUCGAGAUUGACGCACGUAAAAAAGCCUACCAAAAGCACCUGCACCACCUCCAUCGGCACCGGCACUUUCACGCACUUCAUGUCGCUGCCCCUCGAGAUCCGUCUGCACAUCUGGGAGAAAUUUAUCCGAACCCACGCCAUCAUCAUAAGUCUAGUUGAUCCGUUUUCUGUGGAUGCAAGGCUGCUAGGAUCCCUCUCGUAUAGAAUAAGUCUUAUACUUAUGGAAAUAAGUAAUUUGGUAAGGCUUAGUAGCCCCGAAACGGGCCAAUCGGGUCCGCCACCAGGUCAGGGGCUCUCGACCCUGCUGUCCACCUGCAGAGAGUCUCGAAGCGUGGCGCUGCGGCACUACGAGCAGGCCUUUGGGGUGAAGCAAGAGUCGUACUUGGGCCGCGAAUGCUUUCGCGGGAGCGUCUACCUCAACAUUGAGCAGGACGUGCUGUGGCAGUUCGACUGGGGGUUUGGGGCCAUCAAGGAUCACCGCAACGUGGCCGUGCUGCUGUUCGUCUUCGCGCCGGGUUGCCACUGUGACAGCUUUGUAUCCGAGUUCGACCGCGCUGUCGAGGGCCUGCAACACCCCGAAUUUCCGUUCAAGGGCGCCCGGCGGAUCAUCAUCUUGGACGAACAUCUCGGGGAGUGGAUCGAGAACGCACUGCCCGGGACUGAGCCGCCCGCCCCCGAAUCCGCUUCGACCUGUCGGCCGAUGAGUCCAGGCGCCAAGGUGUGGCGCGCACGGACAGAGUAUCGCAAGCCUUGUCGUGUAGAGAUCAGCGGCGAUCGGUCCAUCCUUUUUGCCCACCCCAGACACUUGUUUGAUUUCGAGGAUUUAUUGGCGCAGACAGAGGGGCCUCUGUGA